AGUUACUCACACCGCAUUUUGCUGUAAACCAUGUUCGGAUGGGAGUUUAGCUACAUUGAUUCAUAUGGAGAUUUCAGAGGAUCGUUUUCUGCAGAAGAAAUGCAGGAUUGGUACAAAGCUGGCUAUUUUGAUGAUGAUCUACAAAUUUACAUCCAUCGUGGACGAAUUGCGGACAAAAGCACUUUAGGAGAGCUUUGCCAGAGAAAUGGCAAACAUACUCCAUUUCUUUUCUACGAUGCUCCGAAAGCUGUCAUUCAUAGAGGAUUCCUGGAACAUCCACCUGGUUUAAAAGUAGAGGUAAAGAAAACGUCAAAUAAAGCCUCGCAAACGGCUGCUGAAAAAAAAUCAACUACCGCCUCACAAACGAAUUCUGCUCAGUCAAACUCGAAACAACAAGAGACUGACUGUGCUGUGUCAGAUGGGAAUCAGAAAGUUGCUGUCAUACAUCCCGUCACUUCAGAAACUACGUCAGACGAUUUGUCACUGGGAAAGAAUGAUACAGAAGCUAGGAGGCAGAGUAUAGGCACGGUAAAUAUCAGCGCGAAUGAGGCGAAAAAAGCGAAGCUGUGGCCGCUAUUGUCCCCUCCCACGAAAAACUACGGGAAAACAAUGAAAAAGACCUGGAUUACUGAACAAUUUCGUAAACUGGACACUCUCAUCAAAGAUGCGAAUCUCACUGAGCUAAACGCUUCACAAGAAAAUCAAGACCUUUAUGGAGCGGUCUGCAAAUUCUGCCUAAUACGAUUUCUUACGCCUGGUGAUGUAUUCAAACAUCUGACUCUUGCAACUCAUCAAAAGAUGAUAACGACAAAAUGUCAAAUCGUUGGCACUGAAUUCGAGGACUAUGUGAGACGACUAAAAGUUACCAAGUCGCGUGCAGGCACGAACUCAGAUGCAGCAAGUCAGACAACUUCCACAAUUAAAAGAGCACCAUCAAAAGCUGGAAGUGUGAUAUCGUCAUCAGAAAGAGAAUCUGUCUCAACAACUGCGUCUGCGGGAUCUUUGACUUCAUUUGCAGCGUCAACGAAUUCGUCUACAAAGAAUGGCGACGUUACAGAAACAAAGAAAACUCCGAAGACUGCUGCGCUUGCCACCGACACAACGAGGACUUCUGUGAUCGGGAAGGAAACAGCUAGGCCAUCUGCUAGCAUUGUUAAAUUCAUGGAACGAAGCGCUUUCCCAUCAAGGAUCCUCACAGAUAAGGAAUUCGAUGACAAAAUGGCAGAAGUUCGCACUCUUGCAGGGAAGGUUGACUCAAAAAAAUUGAUUACGCUAUACAGUGAGAAGAUGCUGACUAAUUACUGUGAGACUUGCUCUGUGAAAUGUCAGGGCCCCACCACUAUGUUAGCCCAUUUCGUCUCAAGAUAUCAUUGCGACACGGUGCGAAAGAACGGUUUCAAAGCCACCGAAGAUGAUCUGUUGCUAUGGAAAUCUCAGAUAUUUGCGGCUAUGAAGUGAAAGCACAUAAUUCCAAAUCAUACUCAUCUUGUUCUAUCUGUGAAUUCACUUAUGCAUUUGUGGGUACGACUGAACCGGGUUUUCCUUUUGGGCUUCUUAUGUUCUCGUAUUCGCUGGCAUUUCUUCUUGAUGGUCGAUUCAGCAAGAUUAGUUGUCACCCUUCACUUACUCAAAUUCUGAUUUCCGAGGAUCUAAAGUCUGGUUGUCUCAACUGCCUAACAAUGGAAGGAUACCAACAUAAGUUGAUCAUUGAAGACGAGAUAUGUAUCACUGGAUGCGUCUUCAAACGCUAAUUCUAAAUCUGCUUUUAUUUUGCGGAACAUCUUUCCGGAAGAAGAUAUAAGCAUUCGAAUGUCCAAAUUUGUCAUGCUCUAAGUGACCUAAAAUUAGCGAAAACCUGUACAAAAACAUCUGAAAGGGUAAUUAAUUUUGAUUUUUUUCAUCAAAAGUAUUGUCAGCAAGGAAGGAACAAAGCGUUAGUCCGCAUAGGUGUUUUUAGAGCUUUUCGCUGGUUCUAAGCCACUUGAUAUUUGGCAAAAUUGGACAUUUAACGUUCAUAAUUCCUUUCGGAGAAUUGCUUCGCAAUAGAGGGAAGCAGUUUGGGAAUCAGCGUUCGGAAGCGCGUCUACUGGUGUAAUACCGUCUUUAACAGCCAACUUAUGUAGGUGUCUUUCCCUUGUAAAAAGUAGACAUACUUUAGAGAAGUCCUCUUCAUUGUUCCUUUGAUUCCAAGCAUCAUCUGAUCUGGUUUUUUCUGCAAGUCCUCAGAAUCAUGUUCACCACGAUCACUUAUCUUAUGCAAUAAAGAUCAUAAAUAUGAAAG